AUGUGUGGUUCAACCACAGAUCAUUGCCUGCUGAUAGCAGUAAUGUGUGUUGUCCAUACUGCAUUCUAGCAGGUGAAAUAGGAAGGAAGAUUGUGCGAGGGCAAUUGACGCUGCUUUAUCCUGCUAGAUAUUCGCGCGAGGGGUCCCGGCCCACGUGCGUGUGUGGAGUGUUGUAUGCGGAAGCUGCGGUUCCGCUUGUGGUCGCAAGAUGGCUCUGAACAUCCCUGGAUGCGGCUGCAAGGCUCAGAACACGUGCCUUCAGUGCGAGCCGUUCUCGGCGGCCGCCUACAAGCCAUUCGUCACGCCGUCUGACGGGCCGAGCUACGUGUUCUGUCCACUGUGCCGGCUGGCCUGGCCCGGCUGGGCGGGCGACUCGUGGCGCGCGCACCCGCACCACGCCGGCCGGUCGCUGCGCUUCCCCGGCGUGCACAUCGUGCCUGACCUGCUGACCGCCGACGAGGAGCAGCAGCUGAUGGCCGACAUCGACGCCCUGCCCUGGGACGCGUCGCAGAGCGGCCGCCGCAAGCAGAACUUCGGGCCGAAGACGAACUUCAACCGGCGCAAGCUGAAGAUGGGCGCGUUCCGCGGCUUCCCUGAGUUCGGCCGCUGGGUGCAGGCGCGGCUGGCGCGCGAGCCGGUGCUGCGUGGCUACCAGACGAUCGAGCAGUGCUCUCUGGAGUACCGGCCGCAGGAGGGCGCCUGUAUCGCGCCACACAUCGACGACUGCUGGGUGUGGGGCGAGCGCGUCGUGACUGUCAGUCUGCUGAAGGACUCCGUGCUCACCAUGGUGAAGUACCAGGGCGGCGAGGACCGCUACAACCUGCGCGACCGGCCGCCGCCACGGGCGGCAGGGCUGGAGCGGCCGCCGACUGUGCGGCUUCCGAUGCCCCGCCGCUCGCUGCUCGUUCUCGAGGGCGCCGCGCGCUACGAAUGGCUGCACGGUAUCCUCCGUGAGGACGUCACCGAGCGGCGCGUGUGUCUGGCGCUGCGCGAGUUCACGCCAGCGUUUCUGCCCGGAGGCCAGCACGAAGCGCUCGGGGCUGAAGUCAUCGCGCAGGCGCAGAACUUCUGGACCGUGCCGCCGGCCGCCGCCGACGCGGCCGCAUGAUGGCGCUGCGAGCGGUGGAGGCAGGCUUAGGCGGCGUCGGAAUCACCUGCUAGGCUGUCUAGCGCGGGGUGGGUUGAAAACUGGCUGUUUCGUAGAUUUCCGCUGAAGCGGAUUAACGUACACUUGGUAUUAUUUGCAACGUUACGUUCAGCCAUCGGAAGUUGUACUUUGGUGAUGUUACAGGAUGGCAGUCGAAUUCUAUAGCCCUGAUGUGGGCUGAGUUUGUGGUGCAAUGGAGGAGUCCGUCAGACAUGUGAGGAGCAGGACAGCGUGCUGCUCAGAUAGUCGGCUGCACUGGCCGUCGACAUUUGAUGAUAUGGCUGCCGUCUCAUGCGUUUGCAAUGCACGUGACAACAAUCGGAGCGCGGCGUAUCUGUAAACCGAGAGGCUCACGUGCCGUUUGAACAUUGUUCACCCCGCUGCAUAUCAAGACUUCUACGAAGCGCGGGAUGAUUCAUGUUUUGCGAUGGCCUAAAUAAACGUUUUAGCAGCCUAUUAUCAUGAUUAUGCGUGUGCGCGCAUGCCGACCAGAUCUGGCGCGGAAGUUUCGUGUUUUGUGGUGUACACUGGGCGUAGCAUGGCCUGCAAAGCUCGGCCUGGGACUUAUCGAAAUUGAUUUCAAGAAAUAGUGUAUGUUGUGCCUUAAUGGCGCAUUGUUUGUGUACGCGCUACCUGUAAAAACGUGAAGGUUAGUUGGAGUUAACGGACGUGUUUGCUACUACCUUAUAGGCUCGCCAAGGACAAGGAAUGCCGUAUUUUUUGUUGAAAAAUAAAUGUCU